AUGCCUGCAACCCCAAGUGAAUCCAGCCUCUCAGAGUUGGAUUCAAGCCUAUCUGCACUCAGCCUCCUCUCCGACUCUGAUAACGAGCCCCUGAUUAACCGGCACCCUGUGCACCCCCAACCUCCAGAAGAACGAAUGAAGGCUACCUCGGUUCCACACUCUGACUCAGAUGAUGAGCCCCUGAUUAAACGGCGCACAGCGCAACCCCUACCGCUGGAACCCACGCAGGCCACCCUGGUUGAUUCCAACGAUGAGCCCCUGAUUAAACGGCGCACAGCGCAACCCCUACCGCUGGAACCUACGCAGGCCACCCUGGUUGAUUCCGACAAUGAGCCCCUGAUUAAACGGCGCACAGCGCAACCCCUACCGCUGGAACCUACGCAGGCCACCCUGGUUGAUUCCGACGAUGAGCCCCUGAUAAACCGGCACCCAGUAGCUGGGAAAUCAUCUGUUCGGAACAUUCCUGCUAAGAAGAAACGGAUAAGGAAAAAAACUUCGAAGCAGCAUGGUAUAAGCAGCACACUCACUACAAACGUGAUCAACGGAACGCUUUGUAAAACAACUCGAUUUCCGGAACCAUGCGACCUUUUCCCCAAAAUCACUUCCGAAUAUGUUCAAAUGAAGGAAGAUAGGCAGCUUGCCAGAUAUCUAUACGAGUGCGGUAAAGGACCGGAACCAUCAAAGAAAACGAUUUACAAGCAAAAGCCAACUGCAGCAGAAAUCAAUUUCGCCUACGACUAUGUCAACGACCCAUCCUUUACACUUUACCAUUACGGACACAUCCGUGUAUUCGACGGCACUAAAAACGACCAGCUCAUAGCCGAUAUCCACUUCACUAAUCUCAAAGGGAUGAAUUGA